UGACCAACGAACCGGCGCCGCUGUUCAGCUAGCCGUGACGACAGGCCCGUUUCACCGCGGAGGACUCCUCUCAGCCCCCCAGUGCUCACACCGACUCUGCGCUAGAUCCCCGUAAUGUCAUGCGCUGCGUGGGUCCGCCGUCGAUCGCAGGGGCUCGUCGCCUUGUGUGUCCCAACGUUGGACCUUCACCACCGAGCCCACGACUGAUCAUGACGCAGCAGGAGCAGCAAGAUUUCACAGAGAGCCUGGAGGCGGCCCUCUCCUGGAUGCGGGCCAUCCAGGAGAGGCUGAAGGCCAACGACGACACCCAAGGGCCCCGCGACGCCCUGGAGGCCCGACUCAGGGAGACAGAGAAAAUCCAUCAGUCGACGCACGAAGGUCGCGUUAAGAUGGACAUGGCGCUGGUGGCAGCCGAGAUCCUCCUGCAGAACGGAGACGAGGAGUUGAGGAGCAACACCCUUGCCAAGCUCAAAGAUCUGAAAAGCUUGUGGGAGGAGACGUCCACCUACAUCAUUCACUGUCACAGUCGAAUCGAGUGGGUGUGGCUUCACUGGAGCGAGUACCUGAAGGCUUACGAGGAGUUUGAGCUGUGGCUGGCGCGGCAGCAGUGUGUCCUGGAGGCCGGGGUGGAGCUGCAGCUUGGGGUGAAGGAGAAGCUCUGGCAGGUGGACCAGCAAAGAGUCGUAGUCAGCAACAUCGACGGACAGGCCGUCCUGUUGGAGAGGCUGCUGGACGAGGCCGCCGCCCUGCACAACAGGACCCAGGAUCCCAGUGUGGAGCCCCAAGUGCAGGAGAGGCUGCAGGAGGCCUACAAAGAUGUUCGAGACAGAGCCGAGGAGCGUCUGCUGUUGCUGCACAAGAUCGCAGAGGAACACCAGACGUACCAAGGCUGUGUUCAGAGGUUCCAGUCCUGGCUGCUGUCGAAAACCAAGGAGCUAACUGAUCUGAUGAACAAGGACAACACAGCUGAGGACAAGCUCAGAGCCUUACAGGCUCUGGAUGAAAGUGUGGCAGGCGAGGAGAAGACCCUUCAGCACAUAGAGGGUGUGGCGGAGGCAGUGAGGAGCAGCACCUCUCCUGUUGGGGCGGAGGUGGUGGUGGAGGAGGCCGAGGAGCUGCGGCUGGGCUGGCAAAGGCUGCGGCAGGGUCUGUGGGGGGCUGAGGAGGGCCUGCGCUCCAGCCUGGACUCCCAAACUCAGUACUUGGCCAGGUGUCAGCGGCUAGGUGAGGAUAUCAACAACCUCAGGCUGCUGCUGCAGGAGCUGGACCAGGAGCUGGCUGAGGGCCGCGAGGCUGACGACUGCACUGAGGAGCAGAUAGUGUGCCAGUGGAGGAAAUACAUGGGUGUAAGGAAUACUCUGGCAGGGGAAGAGUCCCAAGUGGAACUUCUCAAGAUUCAGCUUAAGGAGCUUUUUAAGUUCUCUGUUGACUCCCAACACAUUUCUGAUGAGGUCCUGGAGGUUGUCAAAGAUCAUCAGAGUGUGAAAUCCCGAGCGACCAGGCUGUGUUCCGAGUCCGAGACAGGGCUGAGAAACGUCCUCCAGGACCCGCUGCUGGUCUACGCCCAGUGGAGCCACAUGGUGUCUCGUGUGUUAGAGGCUUCUGCUGAGGUUACCGACUUCUCCCACAUUGCCAUGUUGGCCCAGAACAUAGAGCGCCUGCUGAAGGACAGCGUCCAGCUGCAGAAGCGUCUGAGUCUUCUGCAUGAGAAGGGAGACCUGCUGGACUCUGUGUUUGGUCCUGAGAGGUCGGAUGGUUUGCAGGAUGAGCUGAGUGCUGCCAUCAAAAACAGAGAGCUACUGCACAAUCAGCUGCUGCAGAGGACGAGCAGGUUACAGGCCUUAAUCUCAAGAACCAAGGACUUUGGUGACGCCUACAAGUUGAUUUGCUCUAAGAUGACCCAUCUUCAAGACCAACUGAUGGUAGCAGAUGGUCUCCAGCCUGACAUCUUGGCCAAGAAAAGUCAGUCAGACCAGUUCAGGGUGAUCCAGAAGGACCUGGAGGACUGUGAAGCCCACAUCAUAGCGCUGGAGACUCUGGUCUCCUCCAGUCAGAGCAACAGGACGAAUUUUGAGAGACUGUGUGCUGAUUGGAAACAUCUGCAAAAGGCAGUCAGGGCAAAGGUGCACGAGAGCGAGGAGAGCAUUGCGCUUCAUGAGAGCUUCCAUGACAGCCUGCUGAACAUGGAGAAGUGGCUGAUGAUCAUGAAGCAAAAGCUGAACUCGUUUCACAGCUCCUCCUCGGGAGAAUGGAGCAUAGAGGGCCGCCAACAUGAAGCUGAGAGAGCACUGGGAGAAUUUCCAGUGAAGGACAUUCAGCUGCAGCAGAUGGAGGUCCAGGGUCAGGGGGUUUUGGAGAAGACUUCAAAGGAGGGACAGAUCCACAUUCUGCGAGACAUGAAGCGACUGCGAGAGUCCUGGUUGGCGCUCUACAACUUGAGUCUUAAUCUUCACAGGCUGCUGUACAGCUCCAUGGACUUGACUGAGUCUGAUUUAUGGAGGGUUGGUGGCCUAUCUGUGGAUAGCUCAUUAGCUACAGAGCUCAGUCUAGGGGAGGAGGUCAGUGAGGUUAGGGGAGGGGGCUACAGGAGCCAGAGAGACCAACAACAAGACCAGCCAACAGAGGAGUCUGGAGCUUUGACAAGCCCUGAGCCUGGACAAGGAGAAGGUCUGGCGGGAGCGGCAGGGGAACGAGCCAUGACGGGGAGAAGUGGGUGGAUCCAGGCGCAUGCUGAAGGUCACCUCACACUGGCUGGACAACAAGAUGAACAUCUCAUUCCAUCAAGGACAGACGAGGACAGUGGCCACUCAUUUAAAGGAGAUGAAGUAGAUUCCUCUGUUUUGAGCAUUCGUGGUAGAUUAAGACAGGUUUUGCAAGACACAGACGGAAGUCCCGCUGAUAAAUCAACAGGGGCUGACAACCGCAUCUUGGUCGGAGACAGAGGGGCAGGAGCAUUAACCGCAAAGGGGAACACAGGACACUGCAAAUCCAGAAGGAGUGGGUUUGAGGCCUGGCUGUGCAAAGAGAAUGAACUCCUCUCAGGGAUCCUCAGCAUCAAGGGAGCAACACUCAGUGCCAAAGAAAUCAAGAUCCGACAGGACACGCUCAAAGCUCUGAGGGCAGGAAUCCCCUGGGGCCAAGAGGAGUUCCAGGAGUUGCUCCAGGAAAAUCUGUGCGAAACAGCUGGUUCUGGGUCAGAGGAUGUUGGUCUCGAGGAUCUCCGCUACCGCUGGAUGCUCUACAAGUCCAAACUGAAGGAUGUGGCCGACGUCAGGGCCAGGACCAGCGCUAAGACAGUCCAAGCCGAAGAAGAGAAGAUGGCUACCGCAGCGAAGGUUCAAAAGAAGCCCGGGUUGAUGCAGCGGGUGUGUCGGCUGGCCUUUCCUCUGUGGCUCCUCCUCCUGGCCCUGCUGCUCCUGGUGCUCCUGCUGCCCCUCAUGGAGGUGGGCCACAGCUGCUCGCUCUCCAACAACUUUGCCCGGUCCUUCAACAUCAUGCUCCGCUUUGACGGACCUCCACCCACAUAGGAAACCUCGUCUGACAACACGAAAUACAGUCACAUCUGAUCUUUCUCCUAUAAUGGGCCACGGCUGAUGUCGGAAGUUUUAACUGUUAUACCUGAGAUCUCCCAUUCCCUUCCCCAUCGAUCAUCACGCAAGACUGUGAUACAACACAAAAAAACACCAAACAACCUGUAGCCCUGUGUUCUUGUGCAACAAAACAUACUCAGACUCCUUUUAAAUAGUAGUCUAACGACUUUACUCUAAAACUACCAAUUUCACUAAUAGCUUUGAUAAAACUAAUGAUUCAGUUGCAUUUUUUUCCUCAUCUCAUAUAACUUAAACGAGGAUGGACUCAAGAGUACCUGGAGUUUGAUCCCACAUCUGCUAGCAUCAAAUUCAACCAUUCAUGCAUAACUGCAUCGUCAACUGUCAGUUCUAUUGGACCACAAAUCCUGUGCUCGUUUUAAUAAUUUUUCCAAAUACUUCAAUGUAUGACAGAAGGAGAUUUAACAUCGGUCAUUUUUCAGUACCACGCCUCCCAAACAGUUUGGUUGCGGUUGUUAUUCAGCUCAAUCUUCUGUUUAUCUAAACUUUAAAUAAUUACUACUAUUUCUUUACAUAACAUUAUUGGUCACAACACACUUUUAACACGGUCUCAUUUUUCAACAAAUCUCAUUGAUUAAUGCCAAUAAAUGUCUUCUGUACCUCUGACAUACCAACUUAUCUCAUUAGACAAGGACUUAUCUCGUUAUUUUGAGGAAGUUUGUAUUUUGUCAUAGCAUGAAACAUGCCAUGUUAUGAAAACAAGAAAAGGAUCCUGUGAGUGCCUAUAGUGAGAACAUUGAAGCCUACAAUGGCAAGAAAAAUUUAAAUGAAUCAUGAUUUGAUUGAGUUUUAUUUCUUUUUCAUAUUUGGUAGGAAACACAGUAAAGGUAAAGGUUCAAACAAGCUUCGAGUUAUGAUGAGAAAUAGGUCUUGUUUUGUAAUAUGACAGAUAUAAUGAUUGUGCGAAUGAGUGUUGUUAUCGCAAUAGCAAUAUUUUGUUAUAACAUUGCUUUUAAUCAUUUUUUUUUCAACAAUUAGUGCCUUACACUUCAGCUCUUUUCUGACUGCGUGAAUCAGGCCUACACUCAAUUUUUGAUAAAAGCUGAGGCGCCACGAAUCCAAACCUUUUAAGGCCUGUACCACAUGGGCUCGUCUGCCUUGAGCAGCAGGUCACUGGUUCAACUCCCAGCUGGCUGCAUGUCCUGACUCUCUCAAACUGUUCCCUGUCUCUCCCUCACUACAUAUGUUGAAUGAAGGCAAAAAAUACCAAAAAGAAAUAGAUACUUGAAAAUGAAAUUUUAGUUUUAUAAAAUAAAUUAGUGUACUGUUACUGUAUGUUCACGUUGAGAGCAACUCGGCUCAUGGUAAUCUUCCUGCUCUAAAGGUAAGCAGAGAGUAUCUAUACGGUGAAAUCCUUUAUUAUCAAAAACAUUAUGUUGAGUUUCACAUUUAACUGCAACUGUUUCUCCCAUAUCCAUUAUAUCCACCCAGUGUCACAAUCAUAGUCUUUCAUAUCAAAGUUCCUAUACAGUGUUGAUGAUGUUGCAUCGGAUACUCAGAUGUGGUUGACUAGUUCAGUCACAAUUCAGAUAAAGAAGAGCACGACAAAUCAUAAGAACAUAAAAGACAAUGCUAAAGGACGAUGAAAUGUCUCUUCUAGUUGUCCAUUCACGUAGUGUUUGUCCCUCUCACUCGUUCCCGCUGUUCCUCAUUCAAACCAUGUUCACUGCUUUGAGUUGAAAUGAAGUAGGAUAGUUUCCAUGUUUAUUUAACAUUUGCAGAAUGUACUUUGAAGAACCAAAAGAAAAUACUCAUUUUGUGUUAAUUAUCUGCAUAGAAUAUUUGCGAGUACACACUCAAAGUUACUUGUGUUCGUGCGUAUUCGCUUCACAUUUUAAAAUGUUCACUUUAUCACAAGCGGUGAUUUCUUAACGUCUAAUCAACGGCAACUGUUUUAGGAGGAAUAAGCAGGUGUCUAUGAAGUUGAUACUUUAUCUAUUCAUGUUUUAGUAGGUUAAAGCUGCUUUCUGUGUAUCUCUUUUUAUCUAAACAACCACCAUAUGAGAGCUGAUGCUCUUAUUUUCCGAAGGUGUUAUUUUGGUCUGAGCAAGGUGAACGGUCUUUUGCCGAACCACCAGUGAAAACAGUUACAAAACGAUCUACCGUCGCCUCUGACAUUUCUGUGGACCGGCGUGCUCUUGAAGCCGAUUCCUGAGCAAUAAUCUUUUUGUGCAAACCCCCAAAAAAUCACAAUAACAAAAUAACACUUUUUUUUUAUAUCCCACACUCCGUCUCUCUCAACACCACGCUCACUCCUAAAAACACACACACGUAACAGUUAGUUUCCCUAUUUUUGGUUGUGUUUUUGUCGUCAUCAUCUUAUUCAUGUUGCUGUGGCAACUGAGGCAACUGAGGCCAGAUCCGGUUUGGCAUCUAUUAUGUAUUCUUACAGAGCAGUAGAGGGUUUGUGCACUUAAUCUUCAAAAAGUAUUACAUGUGUGUAGGAUCUUGUUCAAGGUGACAUUUCAGAAUCCAAAUUUUAUUGCUCAGUCAAUUUAGACAUAAUAGUGAAAUACAUGCCACAGUUAAAUAAGUCUACAUUUGAAUACAUUCUUUUUUCAAAUGAAUUCAGUUGCGAUUUCAUUUAGGCCUGAGCACCGACCGCUGCUGGUUAACCACAUCCAUCUCCCACUUGGUCAUUGUAUUUUAAUACUAUGAACAUUUAGAUUACUUACAUACCGAACGACUGCCAGGAAAAACAAAAUCCCGGUUCUGGUCUUAGGUUUGAGGUGAGGUGAAAACAGAGUUCAACAUUCACCUCCAGAUGUCACAUUCUUAACAGGUUUUGGUUGGUCUGAUAACACAAUCAUGUUUACUUUAUUAUACUACAAUCAGCACCUUUGAAGAGAUGUGCACAAACCAUUUACCACAUAUUGAAAAGGCAUACAAUUAUCAUGUCCUUAGAGCUUUAUGUACGCCACCCAGCAACUGUACUCUGUGCCAUAACCACAUGUAUUUAUUCAGUAUAUAAACCACUUACAGCCAGUCCGCCAUAUAAACCUUAUAUAACCAAAUUAGAUAUGAAGCUAAGUCCUGUCAUGCAUGUUCAUGUUGCUUCACAUACUGAAUCACUAACGUUGCUCCGUGGUACUGCUGUUCUCUGUUGUCUAUUAUGCAUGUGUCCCUUUAGAGAAGCCUAUGCAAUGCCCCGACACAUUGAUAACGUUUGCAGCAGAUGAAAUGACUUGAAUCUCCGGAGCACAACUGGUCAACUUAAGAAAAACAGUAUGUGUGAAAAUUAAACGGAAGAAAUGCAGGAUUGAAAUGUUGUUGGAGCACAAAUGUUAUGCAAAUAUUUUGAGGCCAGUGCCUGCUGUCCGACUAAGGUAUUGCUUGUGAGAAAGAUUGUCAAGACAGUGCUUCUUUUUUUUUUUUAAGAAAAUGAAAUAAAAAUUCUAUUCCAUCUUAUCGAAGUUUUGAAACAGAGUAGAAAUGUAUUGUAUUAUUCAAGAGAGUUUGUAUUUAACCCAUGUUUUUUAUCCUGAUGAAAUAAAAAGUUGUUUCAA